CUCAGCUAUGCGGCGCAGAGGGAAAUAAAAAAAGUACUGGAGACCGUCGCACCAACAAGUUUUUAUGGAAACUUCUGGCGAGAGUUUCAUUCUAGGCGGGCUGGAUGAAAAGGAAGCUAAUGACUCGUCGUUUAGCCGAAAAAAGGAGGAUUACAAGUUCAAACCGGAAUAAAUAUAAACACCAUUGGUCCAUUCCACCUCGUGCAUGUUUUUUGAAAGUGCAAUGAGGCAGAAUCAUUUUUUUAUCCAAUCACGACAGAAAACCGUUAAAACAGGUAUCAUUUCUAUAAAUAUCACCAAAACAUCAUGUGAAUCGCGGAUUUUGCAAAUCAAGCGACAUCGCAAAUUAUCAGCGAAAUAGGUUGACAUCGCCUAGAUGUAUUGAUAAGCGAUCGGAUGACCUGGUUGGUGACCGGUCCGACGGCCCCUUCCUUUAAUUGUUCCAAUUUUCGUACAAAUCGCACCAAGCCGGUAUAAAAAGACGUGCGACGGGCCAGUCUGCGUCGAAAAGCAAUGAGGGUCGCCGCCUGUGCCUUGCUUUUGACGCUGGCUGUGGCCGCAGCCGUGCCCCUGCGCGAAGAUGAAGAGGCCGCAUCCGCAACCACCACCGUGCCGGAAACGAACAAGGUUCUCGAGGAGGAGGCAGACAAUGCCGCUAGAGAUCCAGCUGGUAAACCUGCUGCUCAGUUUCGUCAAGGGGUGAAAAGCUCAGUGAGCCCCCUUAACGCGAAAAACCCUCCCCCUGUACCAGUGGUGAGCGCCAGCCAGGUCCAAAUCGUUACCACACAAGACCAGCAGCAGCCGCAGCGACAGUUUGUGUCUUCGUGCUCCUCGUUUUCAUCCUCACAGCCUGAGACCAACACAGACGUCAACAGAGCGGGCAGCGCAGUGGCGUUGAGCCAAUUCGGUGCCGCCAGCUCAGAAAUUUCUAUCCAUAAUUGAUAUUUUUACCUGCUAGUUGUUAUUAUAUAUUUAUUAUUAAAGCACAUAAAACGAAA